AUGAGUUUUUUGAUUUUUAUGUUUAUGCUGUUUGUGUAUUCUGAGAGUCUUGGAAUCAGAUAUGAUGAUAUUAUCAGUAAGUGGGUAACUUAUGAAAGGAGGAGGAUGGCAGACAAGACAUUUGAUCCAGUGCAGGCGAUGUUUGUGAUUGAGGAUGGAAUGCCGUGUACUGCAUUAGUAAUGGGUAGGAAUGCUAUUUCUAGUGCAGUUGAGAUGUUUGAAGAUGGAUUUGAAGGGAUACCCAGCGGGGGGAAUAUUGAGAAUGCUUCUGAAGGAAGAUACAGGGUCAAAGGAUAUGAAACGGAGAUUGAUGUGAAGGGAAUGAAUUAUCUGUGCCUGAAGACAGGGAUUGAUGCUUUUAGGCACGUCAAGUUAGAGAGUGUGGACAAGGUUGGGAUUGCAUACAGGACAUAUUUUGGAGCGGAGCAGGCCAUGGAGCUUGGAGAGAGUUUGGCUGAUGUGGUGGAUAUGGAAGAGGUGUAUGUGGUGCCUGAAGCUCUUUGUGGACUUGUAUCCAAAGUUGGACACAUAGAUGGAGAAGCUGAAUUUUUGUGUUUGGUGAUAUCUAUGAGUGGAAGCAAGGGAAUGCUUUCGUUGUAUGAUGUUGAGAUAAGAGAGAGGAAAAGGAAAUUUAAGAACCGAGCUCAUGUUGAAUGCCCGAUGGUAAGUGACAGGACGAUACAACGGAUGAUUUAUGAAGAGAUAGAAGCUGAGCUUAGGAGGGAUAUACAAAGCAAGGAAGAUGUGAGCGAUGAGAAGAAGGAUGUGACGUUUUACCCGCGAACUGGAGAAGGGCAAUUGUAUGAUUUGAAGGUUGAUAUGAAACCUGUGUACAAGGAGGUCAGUAAAGGAUUGAGGUACAAGGAGAUAGUUGAAAACAUUAAGAUAAUUGAAGGAGUACCGAUAGUUGAUGAGGAGGAGAAUGUAAGGUAUGUGGUUGAGGCGCCUGUGUUUAACACUGGGAACAUACAGAAGAUGAUAAUGAAAGCAGUUGAAGAAGAUCGGAAGAAAAUAGAAAAUACGGUUGAGAAAGUUUAUGCGAUGAUUGAUGCAGAGAGAAAAGAUGGAAAGCAGAUUUCUGUGAUAAUGCGAUCUGAGUUUAGCGAGAAUCCUGUUUUUGACGAAGUGUUCAAGAUGUUUGGAAAGAGAGAGCAUGUAAAAGCGGAAGAUAUUGAGCAGGGAGCGGCAAGGGUGUUAAGGAGCCAAUGCGAGGUUGAGGAUGAGAAGUAUCUGCGUGUUUUGAGAAAAGAGAGUCAAGGAAAGAGAUACUUGGAUGAGGUGAAGCUACGCAAGGAUGUAGAUGCAAUAAGAGCAGAAGUGGAGAACGAUGGAAUUGAGAAGAUGUUUGGAGGAGCCGAGAUUAAUGAAGAGGAUAAGUUUUUUAUGAGGAUUGGCGAAAUGAAUAGCUGUGAGGAGCUGGAGAGGGUGAGGAGUAGAUGGAAUGAGCUGAAGAGAAUGGAGAGUGAAAGGCAGAGGGAACUUGUAAGCAGGAUUAGUAAUUUGGAGAGUUUGAGGAAGGCAAUACAGGAAGGAAAGAAGAAGCAAAAGGAGGUGAGUGAGCCAUGGAAGGAACAGAUUAGAGGAUAUGUUGAGAAAGCAGAUUUGGCGUAUAAACAGAUGAGUAAAGACAUGAAGUCGAGGAGUGUAGAUAUUGAGGAUGCAGAGCUUGAGCUAGUAGUCAAGGUGAAGAUGGCGACUGGUGAAUAUGACGAAAAGAUCAGAAAGGAGAAAGAAGCCAAAGAAGCACAACAGAAGAGUGCUAAGGAAGUCAAAGAAGGGGAUGUGAGGGAUAAUAUUGAUGAAGAAAAGGGAACCACAAGUGGAGAUGAUGAAAGAAAUAAAGAUGAGCAUGGAGUAGGAGAAAAUAAGAGCGAUGGAGGAAGUAAUUGUAGUGGAAAGGAAGGAGUCUCGGAUGAAGAAAAACAAGAGUUAUAA